GGUAGCCUCUUUAUAUUCUUUCACCUUCUUCCCUCCUUCUCUUCUUCCUUUUCCCCUCAUCCAACUCGACGACUCCGUAUCGACUCCGUCAGAUACUGCAUCUGCCAGAAUCUCCGAGCUUCUCGAUCACCGCCAUCUGCCAGGCCUGCUGACUGUCUCGUCGGUCGCAGCGCACUUUUUUUUUUUUUUUUUUUUCAACCUCUACAGCGAAUCUUUCGCCUCCAACGUGAACACUCAAUCAGCCGCACUUAUCCGCACAGCCCAUCUGUCAUCUUUUCUGCAUCAGUCUCCUCUAGAUUGUCUGCUUCUCACCAGCAUUCUGCCCACUUAGCAGUCCAUUGCCGGUCCCUAGCUGUUUAUGUAUCAGCACGAUUCCGCCACCGUAUCCAGACGUUUCUUCACGCUGCAGUUAUUUCGCAUACCGCGGAAACCUAGCAGUCCCGAUAUCAGAUCCGACGGUUGAUAUUCGCCUCCAUUUCAGAGUUCAUGCCUGUCCCACUGCAGUCCAGAAUCUGUCCGGUCCUCCCUAUGUUCAGUACGCAUAACUGUUGAGCUUUUUCAGUGCCCUUCGUCCUCGACUCGCCCGCUAUAUCCAGCGUCAAGAACCAAAAACUACGCUUCGAGUCGCUUCAUGCCGACAUCUUCGUCACAGACGUAAUCAUUUAGCCCACAAGCCCUCAAGACCUCGUCUCGCCACUUCAAAACACAAAAUCCAAGUCUUCAGAAAUAAAAACCUUUUACAACCGUCAUCAUGUCUCUCGUCAACGUUCGUCGCGAUGUCAGCGAUGCCUUCUACCGCUACAAGAUGGAGCGCAUCCAGACCAAGAUUGAAGGCAAGGGUAACGGUAUCAAGACCGUUGUCGUCAACUUGUCCAGCGUCGCCCAGUCUCUUGCUCGCCCUGGUUCCUAUGUCAUCAAGUACUUUGGUUUCGAGCUUGGUGCUCAGACCAACAUUGACCCCAAGGACGACCGUUGGAUCAUCAACGGCGCCCACGAUGCUGCCAAGCUGCAGGACCAUCUUGAUGGCUUCAUCAACAAAUUUGUCCUCUGCAAGAAAUGCAAGAACCCUGAGACCGAUGUCACCAUCAAAGAUGAUCACAUCAUUCUCGAUUGCAAGGCUUGCGGUCAGCGCACCGACGUUGACCUGCGCUUGAAGCUUAGUGGAUUCAUCCUCAAGAACCAGCCCAAGAAGGGCAAGAAAGACAAGGCCGAGCGCCGAGCUGCCAAAAAGGCCAAGCAGAAUGGCCAUGCCAAGGAGAAUGGCAACGGCAGCGGCGAAGAUGGCUCUGAGCACGGAUCCAACGAGACUGGCGACAACGAGGCCGAUGUCGGUAGCGAUGACGAGUUCCAAAAGGUCCAGGCCGAGGCAAUUACUGCUGCCAGCGCUGAACACGAGAUCAAGGAUGAUGAGUGGGCUGUCGACAUGAGCGCGGAAGCCGUCAAGGCCCGCCAAGCACAGCUGCCCGGCGAGCUCAAGCAGAAGCUCAACAUUGGCGGCGACGACGAAGACGAGGACGGCGAGGGUGGUGGCAACACCGUCUACGACGACCUUGGCAACUGGAUUGUCCAGGAGGCUGAAGAGAAGGGCGGCGUUGACAAGGUCGACUCCAUCAACAUUUAUCUCAAGGCCAAGGAGCUUGGCAUUGAGAACAAGCACCGAUCUGUUCUCGUUCUGGUGCAGACCGUCUUUGACAAGAACAUUCUUGCCCAGAUUCCCAAGCGCGCAAGCAUGCUUAAACAGUUUGUCACGUCUGAGAAGCAUGAAAAGGCCCUGCUUGGUGGCACUGAGCGCCUCGUCGGCACCCUCAGCAAGGAGCACCCCGAAAUGCUGCAGCAAGUCGCCAAGAUCCUGCAACUGUACUACGAACAUGACCUUGCCACUGAGGAGGUCCUCAUUCCCUGGGGCUCCAAGGCUAGCAAGAAGUACAUUGACGUUGCUACUUCUCGCAAGGUCCGCAAGGCUGCUGAGCCCUUUAUCAACUGGCUCAAGGAGGCCGAAUCGGAGGAAUCCGAGGAAGAGGACGAGUAAAAUCGCCUCUUACUCCCCCCCUUUUUGACAUGCCCGUUGCUUUUUAGCGUGCUAUUUUUCUCCUGUCAUUUGCUAGAUUGGAAUUUGGAUGAUAUGGGAAGUGAACAAUAGCUGGGUAACUGUCGAGGGGAGUUGACAAUGAAAUUGGCUCCUUUUGUUUGAUAUAGGUAUACAUUUUUACAUGUAUUGAACUUGUAGGACAGAAAACGGAUCUUUGUAGGUAGUAUCACCAGGUAGAUUGCUUUUAUGAAAUCAUACUGUCCACUCA